UUUUCUCUAUAAGAGGGAUCUGCGGCAGGCGUAUAGGCAGUUUCCUGUGGAUCCCGGCGAUUACCGUUUACUUGGGUAUAUUUGGAAUGGACAUUAUUACUUUGACACUGUUUUAACUAUGGGGUUACGCUCUGCUGCUCAGGCAUGUCAGCGCGCCACCUCAGCGGUAGCAUGGAUUCAUCGACAGCAAGGAAAUGUUUUAUUUACUUAUUUGGAUGAUUUCAUUGGGGUUUCUGAGGCUAGCUCUGCGACUUCCGAUUUUGAGCAGUUGGGGACUCUUCUCUCCUCUCUGGAACUGAUAGAAUCUGUUUCCAAAGCUUGUCCGCCUUCAUCGCUCAUGCUGUGUUUGGGAGUGAUGGUAGACACGAAUUCAUUUACGUUGUCAGUUAGUCCUGAGCGGCUAGCGGAGUUAGAGCUUCUCUUACAUGAUUGGAGGAACCGCAAACUGCUCGCAAACGGGAGUUACAAUCCCUAGUUGGCAAACUUGUGUUUGUUUCAAAGUGUGUUCGUCAGAGUCGGGUGUUUAUCUCGCGCUUAUUAAGUCUGCUACGAACAGUUCAAUACAAUCAUCUUCACGUUAAUUUAACCGCGGAAUUUCGCAAGGAUAUUAUUUGGUGGUGUCAUUUCCUGCGGGAAUACAACGGAGUAUCUAUGAUUAAAACUACCUCUUGGAGUUCUCCGGGGGAAGUUUUUUCUACAGACGCUUGCCUGGUUGGUUGUGGAGGCGUUUGUGACAAUGAAUAUUUCCACGCUUCAUUUCCGGAUGUGAUUGUUGCUAAGUCCCUCGAUAUAAAUUGUUUGGAACUUCUCACUAUUGUGGUGGCGCUUAAGUUGUGGGGUCAACGGUGGACGGGACUCCGUUUAACCGUGCGCUGUGACAAUCAGGUUGCUGUCACGGUAUUGAAUUCUGAUUCCUCGGCUUUGGCCUCUCUGCAAAAGGAUCUACGACAGACAUUACAAGCUGCUUAUAGCACAGGGACAUAUAGUAAUUUAAAGACUCAAUUUAAGGCCUUUUUUCUAUUUUGCUUAUAUUUUGACUUGACUCCAUUACCAGCAGACAUAGAUACGGUCUGUCUUUAUGUACAGUUUUUAAGUCGUUCGAUUGCACCACCUUCGAUUCGUAAUUAUUUAAGUGGGGUCAAGUUAUUACAUCUUUUUGCCGGUUAUGACUAUGCAUUUACUAAGGAUUUUAGUUUAUCCCUAGCCCUGCGGGGAGUUUCCCGUAGGAUACCACAUGUACCUCAGAGGGCUCCACCGGUAACUCCUAGCCUUUUAUUGCUAGUUGCGCGAACAGUAGAUUUUCAACAUGAUGCUAACUCUUCUACAUUGUAUUGCGCAUUUCUCUUUGCAUUUUUUCUUAUGGCGCGUAUAGCUAAUAUCGUACCGCGUUCUAUUAAGGCAUUUAAUCCUACCCGCGAUCUCACACGGGGUGGUGUUUUGUGUAACGAACACGGGCUUAUCGUCACGUUUAAGCAUACAAAAACUAUUCAGUUCGGUCAGCGUCGAUUACACAUUCCUCUGUUACGUAUUCCAGGCUCGUUAUUAUGUCCGGUCGCUGCCUAUAACAACAUGAUUCGCCUGGUACCCUCUUCUGCACGCAAACCGCUGUUUUUAUUGCUUGGUCGUUCGGGCCCGUUUGCUUUGACGAAGUCCCGUUUUGUUACCGAAUUUCGUCUGGCGCUUUGCUCAGUGGGGGUUGCUCAUGCUGACUCAUAUCGGGGUCACUCAUUUCGACGCGGCUGUGCCUCUUGGUCGUUUAACCACGGAGUACCAGGGGAAUUGAUACAGUUGUAUGGUGAUUGGGCUAGUGACUCUUACAAAUUGUAUUUAGAAUUUAGUAAUCAAUCAAAAUUGGCGCUUGCUUCCCAGCUACGUGCUUCCAUUCAGGCCAGUAGUUAG